CUUGUCCCCCCCUCACAGCCGACGCCGGGCCGGAGAGAUGGAGCAUCCCCGAAUGCCAACGUGCCCCCGGAGGGGGGGUCCUUCCCCUGGGUGGGCCCCAAGACGGUGGUGCUGCGGAAGAGCUCCCAGGGGGGGUUCGGCUUCACCCUCCGCCACUUCAUCGUGUACCCCCCGGAGUCGGCCGUGCACUCGGCCAAGGAGGAGGAGAAUGGGAACCGAGCAGGUCCCCCCCGGACCCGCCUGGAGCCCAUGGACACCAUCUUCGUGAAGAACGUGCGGGAGGACGGGCCGGCCCACCAGGCCGGGCUGCGCACGGGUGACCGGCUGGUCAAGGUGAACGGGGAGAGCAUCAUCGGGAAAACCUACUCACAGGUCAUCGCGCUGAUCCAGAACAGUGACGAUGUGCUGGAGCUUUCCAUCAUGCCCAAGGAUGAGGACAUCCUCCAGCUGGCAUAUUCCCAGGACGCCUACCUGAAGGGCAACGAGCCGUACUCCGGCGGGGCGCAGAGCAUCCCCGAGCCCCCUCCCAUCUGCUACCCACGGAAGACGUACCCCUUCCAGGCACGGGGUGCCGAGCCCCCCCCGGGGCAGCCGCCGGACCCCCGCGCCCACCACCCCUCUGCCACGGGGCCCCGGAGCGACGCCGGCGGCAGCCCCGCACACCGCCCCGAGGACCCGCAGCCCGGGGGUCCCCCCCCGCGCCCCCACGGGCACCCCGGCUCCUUCUCCCGCCCCGGCUGCCCCGGCAGCGCCGCACCCUCCGUGCCCGACCGCUACGGGAUGUCCCCCGCGGCCCCCAAGCACCUCCCGGAGCACCGGACUCACUGCGGCUUCCAGGAGGCCGUCGGGGGGCUGUCGGGGGCCGGGCGGCCCCCCCAGCACGUUCCCGGGCGCCAGGAGUGCCAGCAGGCUCUGUCGCGCUGGUUCUGCAGCCGGGAGCCGCGGCGCAGCGCCUCGGAGGAGCGCCGGCACGCCCUGCCCCGCUACCGCAGCGCGUCCCACGACCGCCUGGGGGGCCCGGCGGGCGCGGCCCACCGGGGGUGGCCCCACAGCGCCUCGCACGACACCCUCCUGCAGCCCACCCGCGAGGGCUGGGCCCCCCGCGCCCGCUCCGACCACGCCCUGGGCAGGUACGGGCGCUCCAUGGAGGCGCUGGAGCCCCGGGCGCUGCUCCCGCCGCACCUCGACCGCUCGGCGUGGCCGCCCGAGAGGCUCUGCCGGGCCGCUCCAAGCGCCGGGCAGCCCGUCCCGCACGGCUCCUUCGCGCCCGCCUCCUCCUCCUCAUCCUCCUCCUCGCGAGAGCCGCCAGCGCCGCCGCCGCCGGUGCAGAAACACCCGUCGCAGCCCAACCUGCAGAGCGUGGACGACUCGGGGUACAUCGGCUACCGCAGCUACAGCCCGUCCUUCCAGCGCCGCACGGGGCUGCUGCACGCCCUGUCCUUCCGCGACCCGGCCUUCGGGGGGCUGCCCACCUUCAGCAUCGCCCAGCGGGCGCUCACGGACAGCAUGGUCACCCCCGUGCCACCGCUGCCCGCCCCCGCCGCGCCCCGGGAGCAGCGGCCGGAGGGCGGCCGGGCGGCCGAGCAGCCCGAGGAGCGCAGGGAGGAGGUGGUCCUGCGGCAGAAGCCGCCCACGGGGCGCAAGGUGCCGGUGCCGCUGCGGCAGAUGAACUUUGUCUUCCCCGAGGGGGUGAAGGAGACGGACAUUUGCGAGCCCUCGGCCCCCGGGGGCAAAGGGGAGAGGCCGGUGGCCGAGCGGCCGGGCCGGCGCAUGGCUCCCUUGGCAGCCCCCGAGGACUCCUUGGCGUCCAUCCCCUUCAUUGACGAACCCACCAGCCCCAGCAUCGACCUGAAGGCCAAGCACAUCCCGGCCUCCUCGGUGGUCUCCAGCGCCAUGAACUCAGCGCCUGCCGUCGCCACCAGCCCCUCGUCACCCACCUUUGCCUUCGCCCUGUCCCGGCACUAUUCCCAGGACUGCAGCAGCAUCAAGGCCGGCCGCCGCUCGUCCUACCUCCUGGCCAUCACCACCGAGCGCUCCAAGUCCUGCGACGACGGUCUGAACGCAUUUCGGGACGAGGCCAAGAUCCUAAGGAGGAUGCCCAGCCGGGUCCCCAGCCUCCGCAUGCUCAGGAGCUUCUUCACCGACGGGUCCCUGGACAGCCUCGGCGCGUCCGAAGACGCCCGUUCCAAAAGGCACUCGACCUCCGACCUCUCGGACGUGCCGUUCAGCGCCGUGAGGAAGGAGGGCUGGCUCCACUGCAAGCAGAUCCUCACCAAAAAGGGGAAGAAGGUCGGUGGAGGUAUCCGGCAGUGGAAGCGCGUGUUCGCCGUGCUGCGCACCCACUCGCUGUACCUGUGCAAGGACAGGCGGGAGGCGGUGACCUGCGCCCCGGCCCCAGGUGAGGAGGAGCCGCCGAUCAGCAUCCAAGCGUGCCUGGUGGACAUCUCCUACAGCGAGACCAAGAGGAAGCACGUCUUCCGCCUGACGACCGCUGACUUCUGUGAAUAUCUCUUUCAGGCAGAGGAUCGGGAAGACAUGCUGGCCUGGAUCAAAGUCAUCAGGGAGAACAGCAAGGCUGAGGGCGAGGACCCCGGUUUUGCCAGCCAAGCACUUAUCAACAAGAAGUUAAACGACUACCGGAAAGUGAGCCCCGCGGGCACCAAGCCCGACUCCUCCUCACCCAAGGGCCCUCGCGGGCUGGGGAUCCGAGCGGAGUUCCUGAAGCAGACGGGAACCAGCGCGCCCCGGUCCCCCCGGCAGGAUGCGGCCGUCACGAAAGAUGAGAGCAGCUCCCAGAAAGCCCCGUGGGGCAUCAACAUCAUGAAGAAGAACAAGAAGUCUGCCCCGCGCGCCUUCGGCGUGAGGCUGGAGGAGUGCCAGCCUGCCCCGGACAACAAGAACGUGCCCCUGAUCGUGGAAGCCUGCUGCAAGGUGGUGGAGGACCGGGGGCUGGAGUACAUGGGGAUCUACCGUGUGCCCGGGAACAACGCGGUGGUGUCCAGCCUGCAGGAGCAGCUCAACAAGGGAGCCACUGAGAUCAACCUGCAGGACGAGCGAUGGCAGGACCUGAACGUCAUCAGCAGCCUGUUGAAAUCCUUCUUCCGGAAGCUUCCCGAGCCCCUGUUCACAGAUGAUAAAUACAACGACUUUAUUGAAGCCAACCGGAUAGAAGACGCCAGCGAGAGGAUGAGGACGCUGCGGAAGCUGAUCCGGGACCUGCCAGGUCACUACUACGAGACGCUCAAGUUCCUGGUGGGUCACCUGAAAACCAUCGCUGACCACUCGGAGAAGAACAAGAUGGAGCCCCGAAACCUGGCGCUGGUGUUCGGCCCCACGCUGGUCCGGACGUCCGAGGACAACAUGACCGACAUGGUGACGCACAUGCCCGACCGCUACAAGAUCGUGGAGACCCUCAUCCAGCACUCAGACUGGUUCUUCAGUGACAAGGAGGACAAGGGCGAGAAGACCCCCGUGGAUGAGAAGGAGGCUCAGUCCGUGCCCAACAUCGAGUACCUGCUCCCCAACAUCGGCAGGACGGCGGCGCCCGGCGAUGCCGCAGGCUCGACCCGCAGCGGCUCCGCCAAACCGAAGGGCACGUGGCCGUCUCGCAAGGCGCCGCCGCACCGGGAGCUCCUCGCCAUCCCCUUCGUCUCGGCCGCCGCCCGCAAGAGGAAGAAGAGGAGAGAGGCCGAGGGCGUCGGCAGCAGCAGCACCGACGACGACGCGGAGCGCAGGGACGCGCCGGGCCGGGACCAGGAGCGCCGGGGCACCGCGGCCGCCCCGCCGGGACCCGGCAAAACCCCCCGCGGGACCGGCCCCGAGCCGGCCAGGGCGGAGCGGGAGAGCUCCACGGAUCCCGCGGCGGGAUCCGGCUCCGAGCCGGCGCCGGACGCCCGCUCCAUCGUGUCCGGCUACUCCACGCUGUCCACCAUGGACCGCAGCCUGUGCUCCGAGGUGCAGUCGGUGGCCGGGAGCCGCGGGGAGGAGGCGGACGACGAGCGCAGCGAGCUCAGCCACAUGGAGACGGACACGGAGAGCCGGGAGGGCGCCCGAGCCCGGCCGGGGCAGCCCGGGGGGGCCGGCGGUGAUGAGGACAAGGGUCUCCUGGGCCGCCCCUCCUUCAACUCCCACCGCCUGAUCCAGUGUGACACGCUGGCCCGCAGGAAGCUGGGCCGGCCGCGCCCCGCCGGGGAUCCCCCCGCGCCCGCCGGGGAGGAGGAGCAGGGCUGGGCCCCCCCCGGGAGACCCUCGCUGCGGGAGCAGCUCCGGCAGCACCUGCGGGGCUCCGCCGACGACAUGGGGGUGCUGGGGGUGCGGCUGCGCCGAGCCCACUCCCCCGAGACCCGCCGCAAGAAGAGCAGCUGGCGCCGGCACACCGUGGUGGUGCCCGGCGGCCUCAAAGACCUCAACUUCAACGAGUGGAAGGAGCCGCGGGGGCUGGAGGGACCCCCGGGCCCCCCCUGCCACGACAAGGACUCGGGGCUCAGCAGCCUGGAGUCCACCAAAGCCCGGCCCCCGGCCCCCGCCCCGGCACAGCCCGGCACCGCCAGAGAGGGGACGGGCACCAAGAGCCCCCCGGGCAGCCCCGGCCCCCCGGCCCCCCUGCGCUUCCCCCAGUGUCUCUGACCCCCCCCCGGUCCCUCCCCCAGCCAGUGUUUAAUUUAAGGACUCGCCCUUGUUCUCGUAUUUAAUUGUGCUCUGGACGAGCUGCUGUUG